AUGCCAAGUUUGAAUAGAAAAGGCUGUCAAGUCUGCGUCGCUUGCUCCGAUGGGAGUAUAACGAUGAUUAAUUAUAAUAAGGACGAAUCACAUGAUAAAAUCGACGUUAGUUAUCACCUCAAACUUGAGAAAAAUGGCCAGCACACGAAGGCGCCGCAAUCCAAGUUGUUGCAUCUCCCAGCGGCUCUGAGCUCGCUUCCUGUGGCGAAGAUGGCGUCGUCAAAGUGUGGUCCAAAUCAGGUCUACUACGUUCAACCUUGA